UUUUUCUGGGAUCAGUAUUUUGGGAAAUAAAUCACUAUUCAUGCAAUUUUUACUUUUCUGUGUCUUUUCUUUAAUUAUAGGUAUGUGUAGCAUAGGAACGGCAAAAUCUUGAACUGACUCGGACGGCCUAUACCCUAGGAACGGUCCUGAGAAAAUGAACCUACAAAAAAGAGUCUUAGGAGAAGGAAAAACCGAAAAAGAAAACUUCAGCACUGCGAGAUCUGAGAAGAUCUGUAACUUAGCAAUAUGCUACAUCUAGGCAUUUGUCGCCUAAUGAGAGUGCGUCUGUCAGAAACGGACGAGUGUAGAUUCUAUGGGGAAGGAGGAUGAAACUCCAGAGCAUCUGGUGGUCUGGUUAAUCGGUCACAACUAUGGCACCUUCGGAGAAAUAUCGGUUCCUCUUAUCUCUCCACUCAAUAUUAAAAGAUGAAUAAAAACUUGAUUAUUUUAAGGUAGCUCUUUCACUCUCCACAGAAACAAAUCGCAAAUCUCAUUUUCUACCUCAUCAAACCGUGAAAUAUAUUCCGUUCCACGAUCAUAAAAACAAUUCAUAUCGCUGAACGAGCUCGACAAAAAGUGGUUCUACUUUUCCCCUAUAGACAAAGAUCCUCACGUAUAAUUUCCGUCCAAAUCUUGUUCUUAUGUAUAAUUUUAUAAUUAAAUGAUGGUACUAGUCACCUGACCUGACGUUGAGGCCGCGACCCAAGGCGUCAAGGUCCCUUUCCGAAAAGCUCAUUACGUCCCAACCGCCAACUAUCCAAUUCUAUUCAUUAUUUCGCGAAUUCUGCGGAAUUACGUAUACAUGCAAUAAUCGAAUCGCUAAAUUCGAAAAUACGGGAAAUGGCUGUAAAGCGAUCUUCCCACCUGCUCGUGUCUCAUAUGCCAAACCUAUCCAUCUUCAGUUCUUCGGCUCGCGUUCAGUUUGAUGCCCGUGGUUUGUCUGCAUGGUCGAGUUAAUUUGCUGCUAGGAAACUCAUCAGCGGGGAAGAGUAGUAAAGGGUUGUGCAGACCGUGUAGACAUUGGCGAAGUUGCCAUGUGUUCGUACAUGUUGUUUUUCAGUUGGGCGAGCUUCUGCUGUUUUGUGACGGGUUCCGGUCAUAAUGAUUUUUAUGGAAGGAGAUACGAUCACUAUCACGGAAAAUACAGUGAUUCGGAAUUGAUGGUGGACGUUAUUAACAAUUUUGGGCUGAGGAUAUUGAUGGCACACAAUGAACACAACGAUAAUAACAUAGCUUUUUCACCAUAUGGAAUUGGCGUUAUCCUUAUGGCCUUAGGUGAAGGUUUGCAAGGCGAAGCUCUGUAUGAGAUAAGAAAGGCCUUAUAUUUGCCCUAUGAUGCACAUACUAUUCGCGUAGGACUUAGAGAUAUCCACCGACAUUUGAAGAGUUAUUUCAUACCGAAGGAGGGUUUCUUAGCCGGAAUAACACUCAACAUUGAGAACAUCUCAAUAAAUCCCGAGUAUAUCCAGCUACUGAAUUUUUAUGGAUAUGACAUUAAUUCCUUCAAUACUGCUCUGUAUCCAGAGAAUCAUGUAACUACUACGGAAUCUGGGGUAAUGGGUGGAAGAGAAGAAACAACUUUAACUACUGAAAACGCGUUUAUUUCUUCGACUUUGAACCCAGAAACUACAACGAUGGGCAAAGAAGAUAGGACAACCACGACAGAUGUUUCAGUUGUGGCAUCAACAACAAUAGAGAGCGUUCCUCCAACAAGUACAAAAGAACCUGAUCAAUCAACAGAAAAUCAAGGUUCUACAUCAGAAUCUCCAUCAGACACGACGAUGCAGACAUCAAUAACAAAUUUUCCAUCUACAGCAACUCCAACAAGAAUGACCACUACAGAGACUGUUGGGGAGUUCACAACUGAGGGUAACUCUGAUGCUACUGAAACAACUACAUUGGAUGCUAUGGCAAGGGAAAGUACCACUAAUUUUGAAACAACAGUAUCUGCGACCAGUGAGGUUGUAUAUACCACCAGUGACUCUACAACCGUUGCAACAGAAGUAACAACUGAAGAAGGCUUGGAUGGAGAUGUCACUCUUUCUGUGACAGAUACCCAGAGCAGUGUUACUGAAGUUUCUUCUAGUUCUGAAGCUGAACUCUUCACAUCAGUAACAACCUCGGCUUCAUCCACUACAGAUAAACAGAUGGAAACUAGCACAAUCAGUACAGAAAACACCGAAACUACUACAUCAAAAAUUCGCAGUAUUCGUUCCUCUGAAGAAUAUUUCACUGAAGCUGACAACACUCUUGUUAUUGAAGAAAAAGUUGAAGAGGAAAUUUCAGAAUUAGAAUCGCAAAGUUCUGACAACAAAUCAGAUGAAGAAAUUAAAAAGAAAACUAAAAAAUUCGGCGCUGAAGAUUGGAGUAUACGAAUAAACAACAAAAUAAUCCUCCUGAGUCCAAAUGAAGAUCCUCCACUGGCAGAAAAUACGGUCGAGACAAUAAUCAAUAAAGAAAGGAGACAUCCAAGAUCUAUAGAAGAAUACGUCAUCACCCGUUUAUACCAUCAUCAUGAUUUCAGACCAACCAAACCAUACGAACCCGAUCAGCCUCUCUACUUUUUCCUCGACGAAGGGACCAAAGAAGCAGGGUUGGACUUUAUGACAUACGACACGGUUCUUCCAUUUUUGUACAUCCCAAACCCAAGUGCGAUGGCCCUAGCCUUUCCUUUAGAUAACGACAGAUAUUAUCUGUUACUUUUGAUGCCUUCCGAGACCUAUCGUUUGGACGAUCUGAUUUGUAAACUCUACAUGCAUAACACUUUCAAGUACAUCUUGAAUAACUUGGAACUGACGCACGUCAGGGUGAAUAUUCCGAGUUUUAGCUUGAAUGGGAGGAUAACGCUGACAAAUACUCUGCAGAAGUUAGGUAUUAAAAGAAUCUUCGAACCAAGACAAGCAGACUUCUCCCCAAUGACGAGCACAAGGGACGUGUAUGUGACCAACAUCGAACAAGCAGUUUCCGUUACAAUCAAAAAUAACCUUAACAUCAAGAAGGAUACCAGGCAUGGUCACCGGUAUUACUCAGAGCCACUGCAAUUCGACGUCAAUCGGCCAUUUUUAUACUUUGUGAUAGAUUCAGAACUACAAAUAAUACUUAUGACUGGAAAAGUUUUGAAUCCCUUGAAUGUAAGAAUAAAAUAGUACAAAAAACAAACCCCCUCUGUUAUUAACGAA